CAGUGAUUCAUGUGAAUACCUUCUCUCAAGUGGCAGAUUCCUUGGAGAAAAAGUUUGGCAGCCUCACAGUUGUAUGAUGCAUAAAUACAAAAUCAAUGAAGCAAAGAACUGCCUUGUAGAUAAACACAUUGCAUUUAUUGGAGAUUCCAGAAUUCGUCAAUUGUUUUAUUCUUUUGUAAAAAUAAUUAAUCCCCAGUUCAAAGAAGAAGGAAAUAAGCAUGAAAACAUUCCUUUUGAAGAUAAGAUUGCUUCAGUUAAAGUGGAUUUUCUAUGGCAUCCAGAAGUUAAUGGGUCUAUGAAACAGUGUAUCAAAGUGUGGACUGAGGGUUCUGUUGCAAAACCCCAUGUGAUUGUAGCAGGAGCAGCCACAUGGUCCAUCAAGAUUCACAAUGGUAGCAGUGAAGCACUUUCUCAGUAUAAAAUGAACAUUACCUCCAUAGCACCACUUUUGGAAAAAUUGGCCAAGACCAGUGAUGUUUAUUGGGUUUUACAAGAUCCUGUUUAUGAAGAUCUAUUAAGUGAAAAUAGGAAAAUGAUCACUAAUGAGAAGAUAGAUGCAUACAAUGAAGCUGCAGUCAGUAUUUUGAAUAGUAGCACCAGAAAUUCUAAGUCAAAUGUUAAGAUGUUUAGCGUUUCCAAAUUAAUUGCUCAAGAAACAAUUAUGGAAUCUUUGGAUGGCUUACAUCUUCCUGAAUCAAGCAGAGAGACGAGUGCCAUGAUUCUUAUGAAUGUGUAUUGCAAUAAGAUUUUGAAGCCUGUAGAUGGUUCCUGUUGUCAACCUCAGCCUCCUCUUACUCUCAUACAGAAGCUAGCUGCUUGUUUCUUCACGUUAUCUAUUAUUGGAUAUUUGAUUUUUUACAUUAUUCAUCGUAAUGCUCAUCGGAAGAAUAAGCCUUGUACUGAUUUGGAAAGUGGAGAGGAAAAGAAAAAUAUUAUCAAUACCCCUGUGUCUCCAUUAGAAAUACUUUUACAGUCUUUCUGCAAACUUGGCCUAAUUAUGGCUUAUUUCUAUAUGUGUGACCGUGCAAAUCUGUUUAUGAAGGAAAACAAAUUUUAUACUCAUUCAUCUUUCUUUAUUCCCAUUAUCUAUAUAUUGGUUUUGGGAAUAUUUUACAAUGAAAAUACAAAAGAGACUAAAGUAUUAAAUAGAGAACAAACAGAUGAAUGGAAAGGCUGGAUGCAACUUGUGAUUUUAAUUUAUCAUAUCUCUGGAGCAAGUACAUUUUUGCCUGUGUACAUGCAUAUUCGAGUGCUGGUUGCUGCAUAUCUGUUUCAGACAGGGUAUGGACAUUUCUCAUAUUUUUGGAUCAAAGGCGACUUUGGAAUCCAUAGAGUAUGUCAGGUCUUAUUUCGUCUCAAUUUCCUGGUAGUAGUGUUAUGUAUAGUAAUGGAUCGACCUUAUCAAUUCUAUUACUUUGUCCCCUUGGUCACUGUAUGGUUUAUGGUCAUAUAUGUUACUUUAGCACUAUGGCCCCAAAUAAUUCAAAAAAAAGCAAAUGGAAAUUGUUUCUGGCAUUUUGGCUUACUGUUGAAGCUAGCCUUUUUGCUGUUGUGCAUUUGUUUUUUGGCAUAUUCUCAGGGUGCAUUUGAGAAGAUCUUUUCUCUCUGGCCUUUGUCUAAGUGUUUUGAGCUGAAUGGGAAUGUGUAUGAAUGGUGGUUCAGAUGGAGGUUGGACCGUUACGUAGUUUUUCAUGGAAUGCUGUUUGCUUUCAUUUAUUUGGCUUUACAGAAACGUCAAGUACUUUCUGAAGGAAAGGGCGAACCUCUUUUUUCAAGCAAAAUUUCAAAUGUUUUGUUGUUUAUUUCAGUAGUUUCUUUCUUGACUUACUCCAUUUGGGCUAGCAGUUGUAAAAACAAAGCAGAGUGUAAUGAACUCCACCCGUCUGUUUCUGUGGUACAGAUUUUAGCUUUUAUUCUAAUAAGGAACAUCCCUGGAUAUGCCCGUUCAGUUUACAGUUCAUUUUUUGCUUGGUUUGGAAAAAUUUCACUAGAGCUAUUUAUUUGCCAAUACCACAUAUGGCUGGCAGCGGACACCAGGGGUAUCUUGGUUCUCAUCCCUGGAAACCCUGUGCUCAACAUCAUUGUCAGCACAUUCAUCUUUGUUUGUGUAGCACAUGAAAUUUCUCAGAUCACUAAUGAUCUUGCACAUAUUUUUAUUCCUAAAGAUAACUCAUCUCUCUUGAAAAGAUUAGCAUGUAUAGCUGCUUUUUUUUGUGGACUACUCUUCUUAUCAUCCAUUCAAGAAGCAAGACAUUAGGUUCCUCAAAUCAUUAAAAAAAACAAAACUUAAAUGUUUCAGGUUUAUUUUAUUACUUUAUAUCUGCCUAGAGGAGAAGAGCAUCUGUCUGGAUCAAUAUAAACAUGUAUGGGAAGAAGGUACCAUGUCUAUUGAGCAUGUGUGGUUGUAUAUAUAAGCAAUGUAUAUAUCCAACAUGAAAUACUAAGAAUGCACCAUAUAGGAUUGCAUGUAAAGCUUUUUCUACUGGUUCUCUAUUUCCAUUUAUAACUGAUAUUAAGUUAACCUAUGAAGUCAGGGAAAUGAUUACCUUUCCAGUAAACAGUAUGGAUAAUUUUAUUAGCUUAGUGACACCACUGAGUGUUUUGAUAUUUACUAAAUUCGUGGUAAAAGACUCUACCUAAACUCAUGUGGAACUUACUAUUUCCGUGAAAAUAUUUUUACUCAAGAAUGACUUGCAGUAUUGUUUUCUUACCAUAUGUGCAAUGAUGUGGAAUGAUAUGCCUUUAAUUUAUAUGUAUUCAUGUUCUGAUAUUCUGUGUUUCCUGAUGUGAUUUUCUCUUUACUGUGGAUUUCAGGUACAUAAAAGCCUAAAUCUUUGUAUACUUAGUCUCUCACAGAGUUGUUCUGAGGCUCCAUGACAGGGUUUUGUCAUUGUUAUUGUUGUCAUUGAUUCUUUUUAUAAAAAGGCCAAACAUUUACCUGUUUGUUUUCCUUAAUCUAUACCAGUGUAAUGUCAGUUAGUCUUUGGAUCCAUUUGAUAUGUUUUCUUCCCACUAAUUAAUUUUUGUAUAUUAUUUCCAAUGUUUGGAAAGUUCUUUGUAGCCAUUUUGGUAUUUCCUAUGAUCCUCUCCUAUUUUUAAACAAUAUUUAUCAAUCUAAGCAUAUAAAGUGUAAUUAAGAGUCAAGUGGUGAUUGAGAUGAAUGGCCAUAGUAGAAUUGUUAAGUAAACUGGUGACUUUGGGCAAUAAAUGUGUGCAUCUUUGUUUUUGUUUUUUUUAUAAGCUAACUGUUAGAGGUAUACAUUUAUUUAUCUGUUGUACAGAUUUGAUUAUGAUUUUUAAUGUUUGAAAGGUUGCACUUAUUUGCUUUUACUAUGUGUGAGGUGAAAUAUAUUUUCUUUUCACAAUAUGUGAAAAUAUGGAAUAAUUUAAACAGCAAAUAAACAUUCUGUGGAUGCUUAUUUUUGUAUUGGAAAGUGUCAAUUAAACUGUGUGUGUUUCUUU